UUCAUUUGUAGAUUACUGGUUGUUUGGGGUUGUUUCAAUUUGUUUAUUUGAAGUUGUUUUUGAAUUACUGUUUGAAUAUUGGAUUGAUAUAAUCAUUAAAAUACAAACAUGAUCGGUGUACGGUCAAACACUUUCAAUGAUAAUUCUGGAGAACCAGAACAAGAUGCUAAUUCUGCAUUAACAGAAUUGGAUAAAGGUCUGAGAUCAGGAAAGGUUGGAGAGCAAUGUGAAGCUAUUGUCAGGUUUCCUCGUUUAUUUGAGAAAUAUCCAUUUCCUAUACUUAUCAACUCCUCGUUCUUAAAGUUAGCCGAUGUGUUUCGUAUGGGUAACAAUUUUUUGAGGCUAUGGGUACUGCGCGUAUGUCAACAAAGCGAAAAGCACUUGGACAAGAUAUUAAAUGUAGAUGAAUUUGUGCGAAGAAUAUUCAGUGUACUACAUUCAAACGACCCGGUGGCGCGGGCACUGGCGCUGCGCACGCUGGGCGCGGUGGCGGGCAUCAUACCGGAGAGGCAGAAUGUGCACCAUGCCAUCAGGCGGGGCUUGGAGAGUCAUGACAAUGUGGAAGUUGAUGCUGCCAUCUAUGCAACUACCAGAUUUGCUGCACAUUCUAAUGCAUUUGCAGUAGCAAUGUGCAACAAGCUAUCGGACAUGGUGGAGUGUGAGAGCACAGCUGCAGACCGGAGGGCCAAGCUGGUCCGCGCCCUCAGGACCGUCCACGGAGGAGCGGUGCGGGCGCAGGGCGUGCUGCGUUGGUUCGUUUGGGCGCUAGAGGGCUCUAAAGUUUGCUGA